GGCUCCUCUCUCCGCGCGCUCCCCAUCGUGCACGCGCAGGGCCGCGAGAUCUUCUUCCUCACGCGCUAGCAGCGGAUUUUACCUCACGGUCGGAGAUUAAACGACGCGAAGGCGCAUAUAUGUGCAUGAACGGGACGCGGACGACGCAGGAUGGUUCGGGAAACCAGACACCUCUGGGUGGGAAAUUUACCCGAACAUGUUCGCGAGGAGAAGAUCGUGGAGCAUUUUAAACGGUAUGGCCGUGUGGAGAGUGUCAAGGUCCUGCGCAAGCGCGGCUCCGAGGGUGGCGUGGCGGCCUUCGUGGAUUUCGUUGACAUCAAAAGCGCACAGAAGGCGCACAACGCUGUCAACAAAAUGGGGGACAGGGACCUUCGCACCGAUUACAAUGAGCCGGGUUCAGUGCCCAGCGCCGUGCGGGGUCUGGAGGACGGCACCCCCUCGAGCAGUCACGCAAGGGAGGUUGCGGGGUUCUCGAGGAGCGCCGUGGGCCCGGUGUACGGGCCCCCGGUGUCUCUCCACACCAGAGAGGGGCGCUAUGAACGCAGACUAGACGGCAGCGGCUCGGACAGUCGGGAGCGAGCCUACGAUCACAGUCCGUAUGGACACCACGAGCGCGGCGGCUCCUUCGACCGGCCGCGGCACUACAACACGGAGUAUUACCGGGACCGUACGAUGUUUGCCUCCGGGGUUAGCUCCAGUCCGGCAGCCAGCACUAUCAGCGGUGGCUUCGACGCACCGGAGUCGCACUUCGAGUCUCGGAUUCGCGACCCCUUCACCAUCUCCAGCUCGGCUCGGCGCGACCCAUACCGUGACGACAGGGGGCGCCGCGCCGACCGGACCUACCACCAUCGGCGGAGCCGGUCCUCGCACUCUUCGCAGUCGCGGCACCCGUCGCCCCAGAGGAGCGCAGGACAGACCCCUAAAGCCGCCCACUCGCCCAAGAGAGCGCCCGUGUCGCCCGGCCGGGGCCCGCGGUCGCGGUCGCGCAGCCCGUCUUCCAGCUCCGAUUCGGUCAGCAGCACCAGCAGCACCGGCAGCGGCAGCAGUGACUCAAACAGCAGCUCGAGUGAAGGAUCGCGAGCGCGCUCCGUGCAGUCGACGGCCACACACGCUCCUCCGGCUCCUCCUGUGCUCACGCUGGACUCCGACGAGCCGCGGAGGAGCUUCGGGAUCAGAGUCCAGAACCUUCCGACGCGAUCCACAGAUACGAGUUUGAAAGACGGGCUCUUUCACGAGUUUAAGAAGUACGGUAAGGUGACGUCGGUGCAGAUCCACGGCGCGUCGGAGGAGCGCUACGGCCUGGUGUUCUUCAGACAGCAGGAGGACCAGGAGAAGGCCCUCAGCGUGUCCAAGGGCAAGCUCUUCUUCGGGAUGAUGAUCGAGGUCACGGCCUGGAACGGCCCCGAGACGGAGAGUGAGAACGAGUUUCGUCCCCUGGACGGACGCAUCGAUGAGUUUCACCCGAAGGCGACUCGUACGCUGUUCAUCGGAAACCUGGAGAAGACCACCAACUAUCAGCAGUUACUCGACGUCUUCCAGCGCUUCGGGGAGAUAGUGGAUAUUGAUAUCAAGAGGGUGAACGGUGUUCCCCAGUAUGCAUUUGUUCAGUACUCUGAUAUCGCGAGUGUUUGUAAAGCCAUUAAGAAAAUGGAUGGAGAGUAUCUCGGCACCAACAGACUGAAGCUUGGCUUUGGGAAGAGUAUGCCAACAGCGUGUGUGUGGUUAGACGGCCUGACCUCGAACAUCACAGAACAGUACCUCACACGACACUUCUGUCGAUACGGGCCGGUGGUCAAGGUUGUGUUUGAUAGGUUAAAAGGAAUGGCUCUUAUUCUAUACAACAACACAGAUUUUGCCCAAGCAGCUGUUAGAGAAACCAAAGGAUGGAAGAUAGGAGGGAACAAAAUUAAGGUUGAUUUUGCCAGUCAGGAGAGUCAAAUGGCUUUCUAUCGAUCUAUGCAGGCAUCAGAGGACAUCCGUGAUUUUUAUGAUAUUCCAUCAGAUCGGAGGGAAGAACGGAGAACUCCUUAUCAUGACUUUCCCACGGAGCGGGCGUAUUAUGAGAAUGUAAGGACUCCUGGCAUUUACGCUGAAGACCCCCGUCGAGAGUACCCCGGUCGCAGUCGUGACCGCUAUGCAGAGUUAGAUCACUACCAAGGAGACCACUAUGAUCCCCGGUAUCACGAGGACCCGCGGGAAUACAGAGACUAUCGAGACCCUUUUGAGGACAUCAGGAAGUACAGCUAUAUCCAGCGGGAACGUGAGCGGGAGCGCGAGCGCUUUGAGGCGGAGCGAGGCCGAUGGAGCCCAUCUCAUCAGCGGCGUCCCCUGACUCCUUCUGCUUCACCGUCACCGUCGGAUCGCGUGUCACGAGACGCCGAACGACGCGUGUACAGGCACUCCUCCGAAAGAUCUGGAAGCUGCAGCUCGCUGUCUCCAGCCCCAGCUCCUUUUGAGAAGUCUGAGAAAUCACCAGUAGAUUACAAAUCGGAAGGACUGGAGAGAGAAAUGGAGCAGGCAGAGGCAGAGCGCGCAAGUGGGACAGAGAACAAGAAGCGUAGCAGACGCAAGGAGAAGGCUGACAGAGAGAAGGGAGAGAAAGCAAAGCAAAGGAGAGGGAAAAUGCAGUCUCCCAGCGUACCUCAUUCUGAAGCGGAUCGAGAGGCUAGUCUGGAUUUGGGAUCUGGGAAGGUUAAGGUUUCAGAUGUGGAGAGUCAAGAACGACAGAAGCAUAAAGGGGACAAAGAGCCUUCCCCUACUGAACACGUAACUCGCCUUGAGUCUCAAAAGGGAGAGCGGCUCGAUCAGUGUAAAAGCGAGUCACUAGACAGGGACGGCAAAGGAAAGGCAAAGAAGCCUUUAAAAUCUGACUCUGGUAGUGAUGGCAAAGACUCGCUUGUAGAUUCUGUCAAACUUGAAGCGAGAAAGAGGCGGUUCGGUGAUCCCGGUGGUAAAGCGAUACGACAGAAACGGGGGCGUCUGGAGGAGGAUCCAGGUUCUGGGAUUAGCCAAUCUGCUGACUUUGCUACAAGUGCAGGAUUUGCAAAAGAGACAGAUAUUGAUGUAAAAACAGAGAAAGAGGCUCAAAAAAGAGAACACUCCAAAUCCAGGAUUAGUUCUCAUUAUAGUCAAAGGGAAGAGCUGGAUGGUGCUUUGAGAGGGACGUCUCAGGCCCCUUCGGUGAGACCAGGUGAAUUGCCUGAGGUGGAAGUUUUGGACUCGAAAUCUCACCCUGGGCCAAGCAUGUCUAGACGAUUUUCAACAGAUGGAAGCUCAGAUAAGGACAAUAAAGUAAGGGAUGAAUAUCUAGAAAAUAUUGACCUUUCUCAGAGUUACCGCAAACAGAUGGAGCUAAACCGAAGGCUACGGCAGCAGCUGCAGCCACAGGAUAAACCAGAAAAGCCAGAAACUCUUCAAGGUGUAGAUGCAGAAGAUCUUGAGCAUCGAAGCCUGGUGCAUGAGGUCGGCAAGCCUCCGCAGGAUGUAACUGAUAAUUCGCCUCCAAGUAAGACCAAGAAACAAGAGUCCUUUGAGAUGGAAAUGAGUGCCAAGAAAGAAAGGAUUUACCGAACGGUCCGGCAAAAGAGCGAAGACCCUGAGUGGAAUAACACAAACUCUCCGAGGUUUCAGCAUGCACCUCAACAAAGAGAGGAAGAGUAUGCAGACCCUCAUGCUCAAAUGACUGUGAGAGAAGUAAAAGAAGCAUUGAAACCUGAGGAUAAUGCUCCGACAGAUCAUGAGCUUGGAAAUAAACGGAUGCACGCAUCGCAGAUGUCAAAGAUGAGUACGUCUUUACAAGACGAGCAGCAAAGACGCUGGGAGAGUCGACUAAAGCAAGACUUGUUACCAGACUUUUCAAGGAGCGCUGAGAAAAGACGGCUCAAUCGGAAGUACAUGGAUUACGGACUUUGGCCUGAUUUGGAACCUGGUGAAGUGCGUUCUGACUCUGAAGAAGAUCGAGAAAAUAAACCCAACUCUCCUGCGCCAUCAACGUCAGUAUCCUUCUCUGAAAGACAUCGUCCAGACAGAUUGUCAGAGUCUAAGCUGACACCCUCUCUAGAGAGAAACAAAUUCUGUUCUUUUGCAGAUGAUCAGACAAUCACACCGGAUACUAAAGCUUUGUUAGAGCGUGCAAAGUCUUUGUCCUCAUCAAGGGAAGACAACUGGUCUUUCCUCGAUUAUGAUUCACACUUCCCCAGUUUCAGAAGUAGAAAGGACACCGAGAAGGUGGAGUCCACACCACGACCAACUCCCUCAUGGUACAUGAAGAAGAAGAAAAUUCGAAGCGAGUCUGAUGACAAAACUGAUGACAGGAAAGAAGAUCCAAAACCAGAAGAACAGGAGAGGCGAGAGUUGUUUGCGUCACGUUUUUUGCACAGUUCUAUUUUUGAGCAAGAUUCAAGACGUCUCCAACAUCUGGAAAGAAAACAUGAGGACCCUGAACAUGGUGUUGGAUAUCUGUACUCUCAGCAAGGCCCAGCAGAAGGGCAGCCUGACCCAGAACCAGUUGUGCUUUUCCAUAGCCGCUUUUUAGAACUAACAAGGUUGCAGCAACAGAAGAAUAAAGAACAAAGCCAUCAAGAUUCCAAGCAAGAAGAAAGCAUAGAUGCAAACAAAGUAAGUAAAACACCGGAGGAAGAACAAGCACCACCAUCAAAUGCUACUGAACCUAUUAUCCAACAAGCUGAAAUUAAAUCAGUUAGUCCUGUUCAGGUCCUUCAGACCAGUCCUGUUCGGGUCCUUCAGACCAGUCCUGUUCGGCUCCUUCAGACCAGUCCUGUUCGGCUCCUUCAGACCAGUCCUGUUCGGCUCCUUCAGACCAGUCCUGUUCGGCUCCUUCAGACCAGUCCUGUUCGGGUCCUUCAGACCAGUCCUGUUCAGGUCCUUCAGACCAGUCCUGUUCAGGUCCUUCAGACCAGUCCUGUUCAGGUCCUUCAUACCAGUCCUGUUCAGGUCCUUCAGACCAGUCCUGUUCAAGCUCCUCAAAUAUCACCCCCUGUUUUAGCAGCCAAAGAAUCCUUGCCAACAGUGGAAGCUGAAGGUGUUGGUACUCCAACCUGUAAUUUGCUUGAUUCUUCUAUGAAGGAGGAAGAUAAAGAGGUUGAAGAGCCCACAGCUCAGCCAUUACAGCCUUUGCUUGAGCAACCCUCAGAACUCAAUUCUUCAGAAUGCCAGGAGUUGAAGAUCGUAGCAGAGGACAUGGCAUUGAAGGCUGAUGACUCUGAAAGUGCUCAAGACCCCACCAAUAAAGUAGUUGCAGAACAGCUCCCAAGCAACGAAACGCCAAACAAUAAUGUACAGCCAGAAGCUGAGCCUCCAGUGAAGUUUCCUGAAUUACCAAGUCCCUCUCACAUAUCUGCUGAGCAACAGGAAAAAGAACCUGAGCCACCUGUUGCACCAGAGGCUGAAUCUAAUAAUGCAGAUGAUCAGAAAUGUGCUGAUAAUUAUCCAGUUGAAGAAGCCGUGUCACCCCCUCCAAAGUCAAGAAAUAAAAGAGCCAAAACCUCGCCCACCACACCAGUAACCACAACUCUGCCUGCUACCCCAGACAAACAAAGCACCCGCAAAAGUGAGCGCAUUGACAAAGAGAAGCUCAAACGUUCAUCUUCUCCAAGAGGAGAGGCGUUCAAGACAACACCUGAUUCAAAGUCAUUAAGUAAGUCACCUGUGCACAGUAUAGAAAUGGAACAAGGUACAGAGCAGAGUUCACAGUCAGGUAGGGCAAGACGUAGAAAUGUGCGUUCUGUCUAUGCUACACCAAUUGAAGAUGAAACUGCUCUGCAACCAGGAAAAGAUGCCGAAUCGCCUCGUGGUGCGCGGAAACGUGGUGUAGACAGAGAUGUAGGAUCUGAUGUAGAGGCUGUUGCUGCACCACCAACCUCGAGACGGGGGCGCCCCCCUAAAAAUCGACGGCAAGCGGAGGAUGCACCAGCGGGCAAAGUUGAACGCUCAAAAUCAACCGAGUCUAAGGAGUUGGAUGGCAGUGAGACGAGCAGUGAGGGGGUUCCUAAAGUGGGUAAAGGCAAAUUUUCACCCCACGCACAAAAAGCAGUCAGUCCAGGAAAUGCAUCAGCAUCUGGAUUCGGAAAGAAGGGAGACAAAAUGGAGAAAAUAUCGGAAAGUCCCAAACUUAUUACUGAAGAAAAUCCUCCUGUUCUUAAAAACCUUAGAAUCCGUCUUGAUGUGACAGAAGUAAAGGCAAUGCUUCAGACUAGUGAAGAAGAUCUUGGAACUGAAGAGUCUCCCAAAAACAGCUCACCUGGUGUGUCCUCAAAGGAUGAGGGCCUAGAAGCUAAAUUUGAAAAUGAUGCCAUGGAUGAUGCCAAUAGUGAAAGGGAGACUUUGCCUGCUGCAACAAAAGACAUUGAGCCACAUGUAACUUCGCUGGCUCGAGAGUUGGAGCUUGAGCAAGCUGUUGAGAAUAUUGCAAAGCUCACAGAAGAUGCUUCUUCUCUUCAGUUUAAAGGUAACCUGACAAAGGCACAGCGUCCGAUAGGUGAAGUACCGGAGCGUGACUCGGAAGAAGAAAAGCCUGCAAAUUCAUCUAGUGAAACAGAGCUUGCUGCUGCUAUAGAUUCCAUCACAUCAGAGAACAGAGAACAAAUCAUUAGCCCUGUUGUAGAAUCAGAAACUGAUGUGCAGACUCUUGGGCCCAGUUCAAAAGUAUCUGAAACCUGUGUUAGCAAACCAGUCGUUCAGGAGGAGACCGUAACCACUCCUAGAAAAGGGUGUAAAGGCAGAACAAAAACUUCAAAGAAAGGCAAAGGCCAAAAGGGUGCUGGAAACAAAAAGGAACCCAUCAAAGACGUAGUUUUGGAUGCUGAAAAUAUCCCUGUGAAGUCACCGGAGUCAGUACCUGCAGAACUUCCAGCAGCCACGGAAAGAUCACCAGCAAGUACAGCUGUUGUCAUUACGUCCUCUUCCAAGCAGAGUGUAAGUUUACCAGCUCCUAUUGCGGAUAUUCCAAACGAACCGGAGUCGCCUCUUAAAACUGAGACGGAUAUCCCAAAAUCUUCUCCAGCUAUCAGCAGAAGCCCAACGUCAUCCAAGUACCAGCCUUAUUCAUACAAGAACACAUCUCCCUCACGAUCUCCAACGAGAUCUUGUCUCAAGAACUUGUCCUCAUACCCAAGCAGGCUUUCUGUUUCCCCAACGGAGCGUUUCAAUCAGCCGAAAGAAGCUGGGGUCCUCUCUCCUCCACUGACCUCUGUAGCCCCGAUGGAGAGCUCUACAUUACCCUCAGACACCCCUGCUCAUGACGCCAACUCAUUGCGCAAAAUCCUCACAAAGCCAAGAACUGUCCCGGUGUUGGAAAUCGGUGCUACAUCCGGGAAUAUGCACGCUCAUCCUUUAAGGGAAAGUGACGCUACACCAGAUGUGAUGACCAGCAAGAGUGCUCCUCAAGGUAACAGACAACCCCCUGUUUCAGCCCAACCUGUAGUUCGACAGCCUGCUUCUAUACCAUCCCCAGAAACCAAACAGAUCUUCAGUGAGAAGUCAGUGAUUUCAGUUAUUGCUUCCACUCCUACCUCCGUCAUCAGCCGCGUUUGCACCCCUGACUCAGAGGAGAAGCCAAAUGCUCAGAUUGGAAAUCCCUUUCUUGACAAACAACCUCCAAAACAGAUUUACCAGCCAAGCUUGGAGGAAAGCAGUACGUACCAUGGUCCAGCAGUUGGUGAGGAAGGUGGAAACGCUGGUCGCUAUAUAUUGGAGAGCACGUCUUUGAGUACAGGUUCCAGCACAGGAUUGAGAGUUCAGACAUCAGAAGGUGUGGUGGUGCUGAGUCAUUCUGGCCAGAAAACGGAUGGGCCACUGCGUAUAAGUGCCAAAAUCAGCCAAAUCCCACCUGCCAGUGCUGUGGACAUAGAGUCACAGCAGCUGGUGUCAAUGCCGCAGAUCAAGCAGGAACUUUACAGUGCCUCCCAGCCACCACCUUCAAAAUGCCCACUUCCUUCAGAUCACGGACAUUCAAUGAAACCCCAACCAAACGUCUCCACGAUUAAGCAAGAAUCGGCACUGGACAAGUUAGAAUCCGCUUAUGCUCCAAUUCAAAGUGGAGUUGUUAAAAUGCUGCAGCAAACGCCUGGCCCAUCACAGGUCAUGAGUUACCAUCCUACAGAAUACUCAAUGGUGAUGAAGCACCCUAAGAAGGGAGAUGGACCAGAGUCUCUCAACGUGGAGAAACCCGCUUGGGUCCCAACCAUUAGUCCGGCUAUAAGUCCACAUCUUCCCUCGGCAGCAGGCAAUCAUGUUGGCUUCAUAAGUGGCACACCGACAGACCGAACGCCGUCACUCAUUCAACCUAAGCAGGAGCCGCGCUCUCCACGGAAAUCCGGACAUCCUCAUUCUCCUUUUGCCAAAGUGUCAUCUCCGAUCGGCUCUUCGUCUCCGAAAGGUGUGUCUAUGGUCCUUCCCUCUGGAUUACCCCCUCUGUCCCAGUAUGUUUCCACCGUACACCACUCGGAGCAGUCUGUGAUCAUGCCUCCACACAAUGCUCACGGUAGCAUCGGAAGGAUGUCGCCGCACCGCGUCGGCGCAAUAGGACACCUUACUCAGGGUGAGGUACGCGUGAACACUCCUCCCCUCUCCAUGAUGAACUAUGGGAUUCACUCUGAGAGCCUCGCCUCCUCUUGGGCCCCUGGCCAGCAGCGCCCCUCGUCUCCUCAGGCCGUGGGAAACAGGGAGAUGGUCCUCAAGGUGAACCCAGCCAAUGCAAGACCGCAGGCCACUCAACUGAAAUCAGACUCCAUGCCAGCAGAAUAUCGUGGAGCUAUCCACAGCGGGUUACCUCUCGAUCGAUUCAACAGAGACAUGCGAGUGCUCAUGCACCACCAGCAGAGCGAUCGCCCCGCUGCGGAGUUACACCAGGGGCACGUCCCCGAGAACAUACCGCCCUCCUCGACUCCUACCAGCAUGGCGGCGUCUCUUUCUCCUCGGCCGCACUUGUUAGCGAAGGGAGUAUCCGAGAAGGACUCCUCAAAAGCGUCAGAACUAAAGAGGGCGCAGUCACCUUCCAGUAAGGAGGGGAUGAUGGCGAUCCGUAGCGCAAUGGCUUCUCCUCAAAGAGUUCAGCUGAUUUCAGCAGGAACUGCGGCUUCCUUCCCUGAAUAUUCAACCAUGUAUACGAACCUGCGGCCUGCCCACGCUCAGUUUGCUGAGAACUCUCCAAUGGGGAUUAACCAGUCUGCCCACAGCAUCCCACCAUCGCAGGGUGUUCAAGAGCCAGAGUCAAGUCAGGCACAAGCCGAGUCUAAGGUGGAGCUGGUUGGACACCAGCCUGUGAACAUGGUGCAGCUUCUGACGAAGUACCCGAUCGUGUGGCAAGGCCUGCUGGCGCUGAAGAACGACACGGCGGCGGUUCAGCUGCACUUCUUGUGUGGAAACAAAGCUCUGGGCCUGCGCUCUCUGCCUCUGCCGGAGAGCGGAGGCAUCCUGCGCAUCGUUCAGAGGAUGAGGCUGGAGGCGCAGCAGCUGGAGGGAGUCGCUCGCAGGAUGACGGGGGAAAGUGACUUCUGCCUGCUGCUGGCCAUGCCGUGCGGUCUGGACCAGGAGGACGUGUUGAACCAGACGCAGGCGCUCAAAUCCGCCUUCAUCAAUUACCUGCAGGCCAAACUAGCGGCCGGCAUCAUCAACGUCCCCAACCCCGGCUCCAACCAGCCUGCGUACGUUCUGCAGAUCUUCCCUCCGUGCGAGUUCUCCGAGAGCCACCUGUCACGCCUCGCUCCGGACCUCCUCAGCCAGAUCUCCAGCAUCUCUCCGCACCUGAUGAUCGUCAUCACCUCCGUCUGAUACACCUUCCUGUACAGUCUGACUUCAUGUGUCUGCAGUGUUUCUAUUUAUUGAUCGAUUUCAUUCUUCAUGGAAACGCAAAAAAAUGUGUCGGGACAAGCGACGUUCUCUCCUCAUUUGCUGAUUUUGAGUCUAUUUUUUGAUGAACGAAUCAUAGAAGUUAUUGUAAGAUAAAUGCGUGUUUUUAAUGAGUGGCGUGGAUGGAUUGGACGCCGGAGAUCGACCGGCGGCAGACGAACAGGAUCAUGGAGGUUCUGCUCUGCCGGACUGUAAAUAUUUUAAAUAUUUAAACCUUGGCCAGACGACCCAAACCCGACAGAGCCGCCGUCCCCUUCGGCUGCGGCCCGACUCAGAUCAGAGGAAAUCCAGCUGCGUUUGUGAUGUAAAUACUCCAGAGACGUCGGCCGGCGGCGCUCCGCUGGGUUUGAUGUGGGCACUUCAAAUUUUCUUACUCAAAUAAAAAAAAAGUCCAUAAAA